AUGGUGGCGGAGAAGACGCGGCAGGAACGGGAUGCGUGUGUGGUUCAUUCAUUGCCUUUCAAGACGACAUUUCGUGGCACAACUGACAUUGAGGAGAACUUCUCGCGUCACAUUGAGCACACCGAGAAUGGCGGGUUGCGUAACACACUACGUGGCCGUACGCUUAUUGGCCGGGAGGUCGUUUUGCCACCGUCGUAUGUUCUUGCGGUUACGAGCUUUAUGCCACGGCAGCAGCAUCCGCUGGGGACGGGGGCUGCUGGUUGUGUGACGUCCUCAGCGCCGUCGCUUGCGCAGGUAGAGGCAGUGGCGUCCGAUGUUCGCAUCACCGCCACCGAGGAUCGCUUUUGUGUGUGGGAACACGACAAGCAGCCGGAGCGUGUGGACGCACUGGCGCAUUGGCUGGAGCUUUCACGUGUCCUGCACUCUGCGCCAUAG